AUGUCCUUGAAUAGGGAAACCAUUGUUUAUGUUCGUCAACAAGAAGAGCAGUACCCGCGGUCUCUACUUCGAAGAGCAUGGGAUACUAUCGAAAACAUCCUAGGCUUCGUAAGACCCACCACAAGCACACGAACAUCGCCCUCACCGAUACCAGUUCCUCACCAAACACCCACGCUCGAAGCAGACGCCCAGUCGACCACAUCCUCGUCAAUGUCCACAUAUGCCAUGGCAUAUGAUCAUGUCCAUACCAUGUUCUACGCAGACGACGCUGCAUCCGAUGACGAAGGACGCGCACUUUCGCGAACAUCGCAAGACGUUAUCCGUGUUCCCAGAGCAAGGAAUUCGAGGAGAUAUAACACCUGGAAACAGGAAAACGAAGGCCCCGAAUGGAUGACGGAAACAGGAAGCGAAGAACGACGGGCAAAGGAAUUGAUUGCUAAUUGGGCCAUGGGUGAAGUAGCGCCUUGGUUUAAUUGA